UCAAAUUUAUAAAAUCUACAUCUCUCUCUCUCUGCGGCAUCACAAUUCACAACUCAUUUCAAAUCUCUCUCUCUUUCUCUCUCUCUCUCUCUCUCUCUCGAUUCGAAGCGUUGUUUUGCAAAUCUUUAAAGUAAUGGAAGAACAAACACUUGAAGCCCUAGCUUUGAAGUUCUCUGAUCUCCGCGUUGAAUUAGAUCAAACCCUAGAAUCUCGCAUGACCGACUCCGAAAAAAGUGAACAUAGUGAUUUAAUGGAUGAGAACAAUCUGUCUAAUUAUUCUCAAGAAGCAUGUUCAGACCAGGAGCAAACUCUUCCAAUUAUUAAGAAAUUUGACGACUUGAGCUGCAAAGUACAGAAUUUGAGGAAAGAACAUAUGCUUCUGUGCCAUGAAGUAAAAAAUAUCACUAAGACUUUUCCUGGAGCAGAAGUUUUUAGCGCCCUUCAGGGUCUCAGUUUGGAACAUAAAAAUUUGAAGAAGAAGUACCUUGAAGAGUAUUCCGAAAGGAAGCGACUUUAUAAUGAAGUGAUUGAGUUGAAGGGAAAUAUCAGGGUCUUUUGUAGAUGUAGGCCCCUGAACCAAGAUGAAAUUGCUAAAGGAUAUUGUUCAGUGAUUGAUUUAGACUCCUCUCAUGAGAAUGAUCUACAUAUUAUCUGCUCUGAUUCUACUAAAAAGCAGUUCAAGUUUGAUCAUGUCUUUAAACCUGAAGACAGCCAAGAGGAUGUCUUUAUUCAGACCUUGCCAAUAGUGAUUUCGGUCUUGGAUGGGUAUAAUGUGUGUAUAUUUGCUUAUGGGCAAACUGGGACGGGAAAAACUUUUACAAUGGAAGGUACUCCUGAUAAUAGGGGAGUCAACUACCGGACUCUGGAGGAGCUUUUCAAGAUUUCUAAGGAAAGGAGCAGUACUAUGAAAUAUGAGAUAUCUGUAAGCAUGUUGGAGGUUUACAAUGAGAAGAUACGGGACCUCCUGGUUGAGAAUUCUGAUCAACCUCCAAAAAAGUUGGAAGUAAAGCAAUCAGCGGAAGGAACCCAAGAAGUCCCGGGACUAGUGGAAGCUUGUGUUCAUGGUACAAGUGAAGUUUGGGAGCUGCUAAAGUCUGGCAGUCGAGUGAGAUCUGUUGGAUCCACCAAUGCUAAUGAACUUAGCAGCCGUUCACACUGCUUGCUGAGAGUAACUGUCACUGGGGAGAACUUAUUAAGUGGACACAAGACAAGGAGUCAUCUUUGGCUGGUGGACUUAGCUGGGAGCGAGCGGGUGGGGAAAAUUGAAGUUGAAGGUGAACGGCUGAAGGAAUCUCAAUUUAUAAACAAGUCCUUGUCAGCUCUUGGGGAUGUUAUCUCUGCUCUUGCUUCCAAGACAUCGCAUAUUCCUUACAGGAAUUCGAAGCUUACACAUAUUCUACAGAGCUCACUAGGGGGAGAUUGCAAGACCCUUAUGUUUGUGCAGAUGAGUCCAAGUGCCACAGAUUUGGGGGAAACUAUAUGCUCGCUGAAUUUUGCAACUCGUGUGCGAGGAGUUGGAACUGGGCCUGCUCGCAAACAGGCAGAUUGCACUGAGCUUUUCAAGUACAAGCAGAUGGCAGAAAAGGCAAAGCAUGAUGAGAAGGAAACAAAGAAAUUGCAGGAUAUGGUGCAGUCAUUACAAUUAAGGCUCGCUGCUAGAGAACAUAUUAGCAAAAGUUUACAGGAAAAGAACCGAGAUCUUGAGCAGCAACUUGCAGAGGAGAGGAAAGCUAGACAAAAGCAGGAAACAAGAGCUUUGGCUACUGUUUCUGCUCAGCCUUCAGCUGUGUUAUCAUCCAUUCGAGAAGUACAAAACAGCAAGGCAGAGAAUAAACCGCCAUUGGCUCCUACAAGGAUGAGGCUGCCUCUGAGAAGAAUCUCCAAUUUUACGCCCCAAUCUCCAGUUCCGAAAUAUAAGCCUAGAACUUCCCUUCUCCCUAGUUUGAAAGAUGACAAAGAAAAUUUGUCAAGAAUGUCAACCAAGCCAGCAACAUUGUUACCCAGACGGGGUUCCAUAGCUAUAAAACCUCCUGCUCAAGCCAAAACCCAGUCUAUCCAGCCCAAACGACGAGCUUCGAUUGCAAGCUUUCGAUCAGAGGCAUCCUCCAAUAUCACAACUCCACUCAACACUUCAUCAACUCGGUUAAGGAAGGACCGUGUGGGCCGACAGUCCUUUGUUUGGGACCCACAAAGGGUAUGGCGCACAUCAAGGCAGCAAUCUCCAUUGCCACAAUCAAGAGACUCAUCUCGUGCAACAGUAGAAGGAACACCAGCUGCUGUCUCGAGAAGCAGUAGAUUUAUGGGGAGUCCCCCAUCUCAAAUAGGUUCGUGGAAGCCAAAGCACCCAACAGUCGUUGCGUUGCAAAGGAAACCAGUAAUUUGGAGUCCACUGAAGUCCAGAGGCUUCAAAACCAACAGGAGAUCAAUGUUGCCCUCUUGAGGAGAUCACCGAAUUCAACUGCUGCGAAUACACUCGUUUCUGGUUUGCGUCUUGGAACCGAUAUCUUGCAGUUAAUAUUUGUGGUUAACUGUUUAUACCAUUUACAUGUCAAGCAACCGAUUAGGAAAUACCAUUCUGAAGUAUUGGAUUGCGCAAGUUUGAGCUACUGACUUUGAAAUCACUUGUCUGAAUGAAUGCUUGUUUCCCCUAAAUGGUGCUAGUUAGCAUGUCUACCGUUA